UGUGGGCACUCCACCCAGCUCAGACCUCUCCCUGCUACCCAGCCAUGAACACCCUGGCUCUGCUGCUGACCGCCGCCCUCUGCUGCUGGCGCUGCGGGAGGGUGAUGGCAUCAGCUGGGAUCCACACGGUGAGCCACAAGGGUGUGAUGUACGCAGCGGCGCCCCAGGAGCGUGGGGCAUACUCCGUGGGACCCGCUGGGGGGCGCUACAACUACGGCUACAACACUGGCGACGGCAUCGCUAAGGUGGAGGUACGACAACACGACGGCUCCAUCGUCGGCUCUUACCGCUACUUCGACCCAACUGGAAAACAGGUUGUUCGUUCCUACGUCGCUGAUAACAGAGGUUUCAGAGUCUUGGGCAACGACCUGCCCAUCAGUCCUGACACCCCUGCCUCUAAGGUGCUAGGAGCCCCGGCCUUCACUGCUGCUGUCGAAGGCACAAGAGAGUUCGCAAUCCCACCGCCACUGGGCGCUAGCACUCUGUCACAGACUUCUAGUUACCAACUGCAGCAACAGCAGUCCCAGCAGCAGCAACUCCAAGACCAGCUUGUGAAGAGACAGCAGGAGGCGUUCAGGCUGCAACAGCAACAACUGGAAGAACAGAGGAGACAACUGCGACUCCAGGAAGAAAAACUGGAAGCUCUGCAGAGAGAACUCGAUGCCCGGCAUCUAAGGAUUCAGCAGCAGCUGCAGCAGUCACAGGUCAGCGUCCACCAGCAGCAGCUUCCAGUACAACAAUAUCAGUUCCAGUCUCACCAGCAACAAUCACAGUUACCACAGAUACAAAACCAGUUAACAGGUGGUCUCACAUCUCCAUAUUUCUACUUCCAGCACGAUAUUAACUACGACUUCCCAGCUGGCUUUGCCUAUGCAGGACUGCCAGUCAUCAACACAUCCCCGUCCAGGAAAACUGUUUACCCUAAAUCCACGUACACGAUUGGCCAAGCCUGAUAAAGAUACAAAAAAAAAAAGGUAAACAACUACACUGACGCUAUUUCUAACAAAUGAGAAAGAGAUGUCCCACGUCACUCGUUCAAUUGUAAAAAAUAUACGUUGUACUCAGCUGUGAUAUGCCACAGUUUACAACAUUAUAAGUAUGAGAUAGAGUGAGUGUUGGCUCCAUGUUGGAUCACAGUUGUUUAGUCCCGGGGGGUCAAUGUCUUUUUUUUUUUCGGUGGUGGAAGUGAGGUCUGGCCUGGUAAUGGGUGUUUCUAAGGAUGUAAUUUGUGUUGUUUGUCUUUAUCUUCUCAGGAUAUAAACUUGUUAAUAAAAU